GCGGCCCUGCGCAGGCGCAGCUCGAGAGUGGAGAGUGAGGGAGUGCGGCGGCGGUGAUGGCGCGGCCGGGCGGGUUCGAGGCGGCCGAGCAGCAGCAGCAGCAGGUGCUGUCCCGGCAGCAGGAGCGGCAUUACCGGCUGCUGGCCGAGUUGCAGGCGCUUGUCAAGGCGUUGCCCAGUGCCUGCCAGCAGCGCCUCUCGUACACGACGUUGUCGGAGCUGGCGCUGGCGCUUCUGGACGGGACCGUGUUCGAGAUCGUGCAGGGGCUGCUGGAGAUCCAACACCUCACCGAGAAGAACCUGUACAGCCAGCGGCGGCAGCUGCACAGCGAGCAUCGCGGGCUGAAGCAGGAGCUGUUCCACCGGCACAAGGAGGCCCAGCAGUGCUGCAGGCCCCACAACUUGCCACUGCUCCGUGCAGCCCAGCAGCGUGAGAUGGAGGCUAUGGAGCAACAGAUCCGAGAGGAGCAGCGAAUGAUGGAUGAAAAGAUAGUCUUGGAAUUGGACCAAAAAGUAAUCGACCAGCAGAGCACCCUGGAGAAGGCUGGGGUGUCUGGCUUCUACAUCACCACCAACCCCCAGGAGCUGACUCUACAGAUGAAUUUGCUGGAGCUGAUUCGGAAGCUGCAGCAGAAGGAAGCUGAGGCUGAGAAGAAAUUUUCCUGAAAGAGCAAAUCUGCUGUUAAUUUCCGAGAGUUUUUCCUCUGACUUCCCUCUAAACAACAGACCGUCCAUGCAUUUGCUUUGUAUUGUGUCAGGAAGAGUCUACAGGAGUAGAAGAAAUUGCUAAGGCACUUAGAUUAGAGCUGGGGCAGGCAGAGCCCAGUGCAGGGGGUGGUUGGAAGCCUGAGGAUGGCUCUCUGAUCUUCAGAGCAGUGUCAGCUGCAUCUGGCUCAGCUGGGAGCUGAUGAAGCAUGGUCACUUGCCAGGAAUGUCCUGCAGUGAUGCUGAGGCCAUCACUGAGCCAGGGCUGGGCUGAGCAGCGAGGCAGCACACAGAGCCCUGAUGUGUGAGGGUGACCCUGUGUUUAGAUGAUAGAACUGGGGGGGAAACAAUUCCAAGGAUGCUUCUGUGUGCUGUUGGGGCAGAAACAACCUCUUAGACAGACCCUUCCCAGAGUCUCUUCCAGGCUGGUACCAGCAUUACCUAUAUUAGUUUUACCUGUAUGCUGGCCAGCAUUAUCACUAUUAAAGGAGGAUUUCAGCCCAGUUACUGGACUGGUAUUUGCCUUGUUCCCACUGACUUGGAAAGCAGAGCUUUUGCUUUGUUCUUUUAAACAAGUUUCCAAAUUAAGGGAAAUAAAACCCCUUCUGGAUCUGCA